UGUACCCUUGAUUAAUAGAGGGCCGUAUCACUUUUUUCAAGAGAAAAGGACAAGAACGUUUGUAUUAUGUCAUUUAAUAGAAAGAAGUAUAAAUAAAUGGGAUGCACUACUGCUGCUUUUAACUUCUGGAAAACGGAAAAAGAGAGGACUUUGAAACUAAUGAGAAUCUUCCUGCACUGUCGAUGGAACUUGGGAGCCUCAAGUUGCUCCAGCCAGGCUAGGGCGGUGUGUCCUUUGGUGUGUCCCGUCUCCCCCCACCAUGCAGAAUAAUGAGCCCUCUACACCAUGAGUCCGUUGGGCCAGGUUAAUGUGCAGCCUACCUGGAACACAGCCCUGAUCGCCGUGCUCUCUCUCAUGGUGCCUGCUCUCAGUAUGUGCCAGUCCACAGGCCCUGAGAUGGGCUCAGUUAACACACAAAACUGUCCAGGUAUGUGCUCCUGUACUAACCAGCUCAGCAAGGUGGUAUGUACACGCAGAGGCCUAAUUAGGGUUCCUCCAAACAUCCCAGCCAACACCAGAUACCUGAACCUAAUGGAAAACAGCAUAGAGACCAUACAAGCAGACACAUUCAGACAUCUGCAUCAUCUGGAGGUAUUGCAGUUGGGCAGGAAUGCUAUCAGGCAAAUUGAAGUGGGAGCAUUCAAUGGUCUGACAAGUCUCAAUACCUUGGAACUAUUUUACAACCGAUUAACAGUCAUUCCCAGUGGAGCUUUUGAGUAUCUGUCAAAGUUAAGAGAAUUGUGGCUAAGAAACAAUCCUAUUGAGAGCAUUCCCUCUUAUGCUUUUAACCGUGUCCCCUCACUCAUGAGACUGGACCUUGGGGAGCUGAGGAAGCUGGAGUACAUCUCUGAUGGGGCAUUUGAAGGUCUUCAUAACCUUAAGUAUCUAAAUUUGGGGAUGUGCAGUCUAAGGGAAUUUCCAAAUUUGUCACCUUUAGUGGGAUUAGAGGAGUUGGAAAUAUCAGAGAAUGUUUUCCCAGAACUGAAGCCUGGGGCCUUCUAUGGACUUAAGAAUUUACGUAAACUUUGGAUUAUGAACUCUGCUAUCACAAACAUUGAAAGGAAUGCUUUUGAUGACAUCACAGCUUUGGUGGAGCUCAAUCUAGCUCAUAAUAAUUUAUCAUCCCUCCCCCAUAACCUCUUCACCCCUCUACAUUACCUGGUGGAGCUACAUCUGCAUCACAACCCUUGGCGCUGUGACUGUGAUGUAGUUUGGCUCUCUUGGUGGCUCCGAGAAUACAUUCCCACAAAUUCCACUUGCUGCGGACGCUGCCACACCCCAGUCCACAUGAGAGGAAGAUACUUGGUGGAAGUUGACCAGACAACAUUUCAAUGUUCAGCACCAGUCAUACAUGAUGCUCCAAGAGAUCUGAACAUUUCAGCAGCGAGAGUGGCAGAACUAAAGUGUCGCACAGCUGCCAUGAGCUCAGUACGAUGGCUUCUCCCCAAUGGGACUGUGUUAACUCAUGGCUCAGCUCAUCCAAGGAUAUCUGUCCUUAAUGAUGGAACACUCAACUUCUCCAAUGUUCUACCAUCAGACACUGGAGUCUACACAUGCAUGGUAAGCAACAUGGCAGGAAAUUCCAACGCCUCUGCCUACCUUAAUGUCAGCAAUGCUGAACUUAACACGUCUAAUCUGUCCUACUUUACAACAGUAACAGUGGAAGUGUUAGAGCCUAAGGUGGAGGAGACCCCUAAACCUAAGCCCACUGCCCCUGCCUCACCCUCAGUCUUUCAACCUGUCUUUAUCUCCACACCAACUGUGCUUUUUCAAAAUACUCAGACUCCAAGGCAGGUGUCAGUUCCCACUGACAGACUCCCUAGUGGGCCAGCUGCCAGUCUGGAUGAGGUGAUGAAAACCACAAAAAUCAUAAUUGGCUGUUUUGUUGCUGUUACCUUGCUGGCAGCUGCCAUGUUGAUAGCAUUCUACAAACUGCGUAAGAGGCAUCAACAGAGGAGUACGGUGGCAGCAGCCAGGACCAUAGAGAUCAUACAAAUGGAAGAACAGGUUCCUCCUGUUCCACCACCUACAUCUGGAUCUAGUGGCUCUGAUGACACAGGCUUGGUACUGCCAACAUUACUGGAACACAACAGCAACACAUUUAAGCCUGGCUAUGUGUCAUCUUCAUCCUCAUCUCGCCAAGGGAGCUACGGAGCCCACUGGACUCUGAACAAUUCUCUUCACCGCUCAGUAAGGCAACAUCACAGCCACAUCAGCACCAUUGCUGAUCCUUACAUCAUUAAAACUACUCACAACAAGGAGAAGGUUCAGGAGACACAGAUCUGAGCAACGCUUCUGGUGGAUCUAUAUUAGACUUUGUUCAAUCUUAUCUUCUCUUAUCUGCUCACAAUUCCAUGCAAUAGAAUGCACAAUGAGCAAAACUGGAACUUUAUUUUGUACAAAUAUGUGCAAAACAUUUUGUUUUCUUCUUGUACAUGCCUAUACAUAAGUACAUAAAUAUAAAAAAAAAAAUCUAAAUAUAUAUAAAUGAACCUAAAGUCAGACAGUGGUACA